CGAUGAUUAUAAGCUGGCAGACAAAAAAGAAAUAAAUCACGAAUGAGACCGUGACUGAGUGGUCGUACCGCUUAUUUUCAGUUUGGAGUCUCCAAAUUCGAAUCUUAGAAACGACACUCGUUUCUUCCUUCCCCACCCCUUUAGUAGCACUCUAUAACAUAAUUGUGUAAAAAAAAAAAAGGUACAUAAAUCACUAAUCCACCACCCAAAACACAGGCCCAAGCAAAACCAAACAAAAGGAGAAAAAGAGCAGAGGAACAAAAGCUCCGAUACCACUUCCACCGCUAAACGUCAAAAGAUUCAGCCACAUCCCUGCUGCUGGUGCUGGCCGGCAGACUGGUUUCUGUUGACCGCUUUCCUCUGUCUAUAUAGCAUCGGAGAAAUCGGCGUGGCCGGCCGGGGUGGAAUUUGAUUUGAAUCUACAAAAAUGGAAUCCGAAGGAACAUCGUCAUCAUCAGCCCGGUCAGGCAUUUCACCGAACACUUACUCGGCACCGGCACCGACGCAUCAUGUCGUGCUGGUCCACGGGGUCGGGCACGGGAGCUGGUGCUGGUACAAAAUCCGGACCCUGCUGGAGUCCUCGGGACACUGCAGGGUGUCGUGCGUCGACCUCGCCAGCGCCGGCGUCGACCGGACCGACGCCAACACGCUGGAGUCGUUCCAGGAGUACAACAAGCCGCUGCUCGACCUGAUGGCGUCGUUGCCGGAGAACGAGCAGGUGGUGGUGGUGGGGCACAGCGCCGGAGGGCUGAGCGUGACGGAGGCGAGCCACAAGUUCCCAAGCAAGAUUCGAGUGGCCGUCUACCUGGCCGCCACCAUGCUCAAGCACGGUUUCUGCACCGACCGCGACGUCCUCGAUGCAGUUCCAGACCUUUCAAGAUAUGGCGAAAAUGUGAACGAGCUCGAGUUCGCGAAAGGACCCAACAACCCGCCCACAUCGGCCAAGGUGGCGACCCACUUGCUCCGCGAAAUCCUGUACAACACCAGCCCGCCGGAGGACUGCACCUUAGCCGCCAUGCUCCUGAAGCCGGGCCCCCUUAUCGCCCUCCAAUCCGCUCGGUUCGACGAUGAUUAUGCUGAUGAUUCCGCGGCAGCAGAAGGGGUGGAGCGGGUUUACAUCAAGACGAUGCAGGACAAUGUGGUGAAGCCGGAGCAGCAGGAUGCCAUGAUCAAUCGAUGGCCUCCUUCUCGAGUAUAUACAUUGGAUUGCGACCACAGUCCUUUCUUCUCUUCACCAUUCCUGCUCACCGGUCUCCUCCUCAACAUUGCUGCCGCGGCUCCUGCUGCAGCUAGGGCUACUUAGUUGAGAGCUUCUUCCAUGGCGUGUCAGAGGGAAUACAGGUUUUCCAGUAUUACAUUGUUAAUUGCUCUUGGCACAGUUUUACAGUACGUAUAAUACAGUUUGUUAAAAAGCAGAGGGUUUUAAAGCUUUGCAGUUCAAACAGCUAAUACAUGAAAAAAUUGGAGAUGCAGGGGAUCGAACCCUGUACCUCCCGCAUGCAAAGCGGGCGCUCUACCAUUUGAGCUACAUCCCCAUUGUUGAUUCUAUUUGUUCUGGUACAUUAAAAUAAAAUUGCUUAAAUGUG